UAUUAUUAAAUCUAUAUAUAUAUGUAUGCAUAAAAAAUUUAUAAUUGUGAACAUUGAUAAACUAAAGAAUUGAUACAAAGUUUAGUUACCGACUAUAGGUAACAUAAAUUGUGAUACAUUCAAGAAUUUAAGUAUUCAAUUACAGAUAUAAUUACAAAUGAAGUAUAGAAUAGUAUCGAUAGGUAUACAACAAAGUGAAGAAUGAUUAUAUUGUUGCUUAGUAACCCAUAAUAACAACUUUAAAUUUAUAUAUACGUGUACAUUACAGUGUUUUUCAUGUCAUUAUACAUUUCAUAAAAUAUAAAUUUGUUGUCUUUGUAUUAAUCAUUUAAAAUUUUUGUAAUAUCUUUUAAAUUAUUACACUAAGCAUAAGAUAAGAAAAAUUCAUAGGCAAGCAAACUUGUUAUAAUUUUCAAGAAAUGACAAGAUGUAAUAAGAGUGAAGUUAAUCUUAAAAGCACUGAUAUAUAUUUUGCAAAAUUAUCUUUGUAACCCGUAAAUUUAUAUUGAAUAGUGUACAAUCAAAAUGGACAAAGUUAUUUUGAGCAAUUAACAGCGUACAAUUCUAUGAGCGCGCAUUUGCGACGCAUUUUACUAGCAAAAUGUGUUGUAGAUGCCAGAAACAAAACCUAUAUGCGUAAAAAAAAGCAAGCAUGUAAACAAAUUGGCUGGAAACCAAAAUGUGCAAAAACAGAUAUUACAAAUAAUAUAAUUGAUAAGUUGGCAUAUGAUACUUCAUAUCAUCCAGCGGAUUUUUUAAGAAUGAAUAAUGGUUCAAAGUAUUUUUGCCAGUGUCAAGCACAGAAAUAUUUUACUACUUGUUAUGAUUGUAAUGCAAUCUGUUCAAAACCAAAAUUACAUAAUCACCUAGCUUAUAUUAAUCCGAUAUAUAAAAUAAAUGCUUCAGAGCCAUUUAUAUCAAAUAGUAGCAAUAUAAGAAAACAAUGCACAGAAUCAAAUACUAAUUAUAGAAAAAUAUUUAAUCCUAUAAAUACGAAAAGUGCAUUGAAAUUUCAUGAUGAUAGAUAUGAAGAAAAUUCAAUAUUAUGUGAAUCUUGUGGUCUUUUAUCACAAAACAUCAAUGAUGAUCUUUCAUCAGAAAUUAGCACAUCAAGAAGUGAUGAAAAUCCUGAUCAAUUUUAUGAUAAUUUAAUAGAUAAUCCAAAAAUCGAUGAAAAAGAUGAAGAAGAAACAUACGCUAAACUUAUGUAUGAAAUUACACACGAAAUAAUAGUAAAUGGUCUAUAUACUGAUGAUGAAUUAAACAAAAUAUUCAAGAAAUACAUCGAAAAAAACAAAAAAGUUUUAGAUAUGAAUCGAAUGUUAUAUGAAAUUUAUCAAUUGAAACUUGCUUUGAAUAUAUCGGAUAAUUCAGAAGAAGAAGAUAUAAAUAAUGUUGCAUAUGCUCAGCAAUUAUUAAAUAUUAGCAAAGUUCGACCACCAACACCACCGAAAGUUUUAAAUGAAGAUAGAGUAACUGAAAAAUUAAUGUGGUAUCAAAAAUUGGAUAAAAUCAAAAAUAAUUCAAUAGGCAAAAAAUCAGUUUUAUUAGUUGAUGCUAAUCCUGAAUUACGUGUAACUGAAAGAGAUGUUUUAACAUCAUUAAUAGAAGCUGAUAUCGAUCCUGAACAAGCUCGAAAAAUUUAUAAAAAACUUUCCUUCAAAAGCAAAGAUAAUUUAUUGAUUGACACGAAUUCCAUACAAGAUUCAAAUAAUGAAAUAGAAAAAAGCAAUCAAUUUAAUUCCAAUUUAAUAGAAUCAUAUAAGUUCGGAACGAAAAUCGAAAAAGAUGAAAAUCAAUUCAAAAAUGAAAAUUCAAAUAAUAAAUAUAGAAUAGAAGAAAAUGAACAAUUUAAUUCCAACUUCACAGAAUAUGAGAUCAAAACGAAAAUUGAAAAAGAUGAAAAUCAAUUCAAAAAUGAAAAUUCAAACAAUGAAUGUAAAAUAGAAGAAAACAAUUUAAAUUCUAAUUUAACAGGACAUGAGGUAUGUAAAAUAAAUAAACACAAAAAAUUUCUAUGAUUUGAUGAUCUUGUAGAACAUAAUAUUCCAUUUUAUGAAUAUAAAUAUUUUUUAGAUUGAAACGAAAAUUAAAAAAGAUGAAAAUCAACUUAAAGAUAAAAAUUUAAAAAAAAAAUAUAGAGUGAAAGAAGACGAACAACUUAAUUUUGAUUUAAAAGAAUCACAUGAUGUACAAAUAAAUGAGCAAGAAAAAGCUUCUAUGACUGAUGAUCUUAUAAUA